GUGUGAUGGCCACACUGUAAUCGCCGGUAUUAUUUUUUAGGCUACGUGUCUCAGUUGUCUCCAAUUGUGUUAAAAAUUUAGGUGUGGAGGCAUUUAAAAUGAAUCGUAGCUCAAGGAUAUUAAAUAGUAAGGUUGCUGGCUACAGCAGCCUGAUAACAUUUGCAGUCCUACUCAUUGCAUGGAUCGCCGGCUUCUCGUCACGCCUCUUUGCCGUCAUCCGAUUCGAGUCGAUCAUCCACGAAUUCGAUCCAUGGUUCAAUUAUCGAGCGACUGCUUACAUGGUGCAGCAUGGCUGGUACAAGUUUCUCAAUUGGUUCGAUGAGCGCGCCUGGUAUCCCCUCGGCCGCAUUGUCGGCGGCACUGUUUACCCCGGCCUGAUGAUCACCUCCGGCAGCAUCCAUUACAUCUUGCAUGUUCUCAAUAUUCCGGUGCACAUUCGAGAUAUCUGCGUAUUUUUGGCUCCAGUGUUCAGUGGGCUCACAUCAAUCUCGACUUAUCUGCUCACGAAGGAGCUUUGGUCACCGGGCGCUGGACUUUUUGCAGCUAGCUUUAUUGCCAUUGUGCCUGGAUAUAUUAGUCGCUCUGUGGCUGGCUCCUAUGAUAAUGAAGGCAUCGCCAUCUUUGCCCUGCAAUUCACCUACUUCCUCUGGGUGCGUUCCGUGAAGACGGGUUCGGUUUUCUGGUCAGCAGGUGCAGCGAUUUCCUAUUUUUACAUGGUGUCUGCGUGGGGCGGAUAUGUGUUUAUCAUUAAUCUGAUACCAUUGCAUGUAUUUGUCCUGCUCAUAAUGGGCCGUUACUCGCCCCGAUUGCUGACCAGCUACAGCACCUUCUACAUCCUGGGUCUGCUGUUCUCGAUGCAAAUACCCUUCGUGGGAUUCCAGCCGAUACGCACAAGUGAGCACAUGGCUGCGAUGGGUGUCUUUGUGCUGCUCAUGGCUGUCGCCGUGCUGCGACACUUGCAAUCCGUGCUAUCCCGGAAUGAGUUCAAGAAACUCUUCAUUGUUGGCGGCCUGCUGGCGGCGGCCAUUGUCUUUGUUGCCGUCGUUGGAUUGACCAUGAUGGGCGUCGUCGCGCCGUGGAGUGGACGAUUUUACUCGCUUUGGGAUACGGGCUAUGCAAAGAUUCACAUACCCAUUAUUGCUUCAGUCUCGGAGCAUCAGCCCACAACCUGGUUCUCGUUCUUCUUUGACCUGCACAUCUUGGUCUGCGCUUUCCCCGUGGGUCUCUGGUAUUGCAUCAAGCAAAUCAACGAUGAGCGCGUCUUUGUUGUGCUCUACGCCAUAAGUGCUGUCUACUUUGCCGGCGUCAUGGUCCGCCUGAUGUUGACCCUAACGCCAGUUGUCUGCAUGCUUGCUGGUGUCGCCUUCUCCGGACUAUUGGACGUCUUCCUGCAGGAGGAUGCAUCGAAGCGAACCGGAAGUGUUAUGAACUCCGUCUCGGAAACAGAUGACCUCGAUGAAUCACUGGAGAAGAAAAGCUUAUACGAUAAGGCCGGCAAAUUGAGGCAUCGCACCAAACACGAUCCCACACAUGAGGGUGGCAUGAGCUCCAAUUUGAAGAGCAUUGUCAUUUUGGCGGUUCUGAUGAUUUUAAUGAUGUUUGCGGUGCAUUGCACAUGGGUCACAAGCAACGCGUAUUCAAGUCCCUCAAUCGUUCUUGCUUUCCACAAUAGCCAGGAUGGAUCGCGAAACAUAUUGGAUGAUUUUAGGGAGGCGUAUUACUGGCUGUCCCAAAACACUGCCGAUGAUGCUCGCAUAAUGUCGUGGUGGGAUUACGGAUACCAAAUAGCCGGGAUGGCCAAUCGAACAACGCUAGUUGAUAAUAAUACAUGGAAUAAUAGCCAUAUAGCUUUAGUCGGCAAAGCAAUGUCAUCAACUGAAGAGAAAUCGUAUUCAAUCAUGACGUCUCUGGAUGUGGACUAUGUAUUAGUUAUAUUUGGAGGAGUCAUUGGUUAUUCGGGUGAUGAUAUCAAUAAGUUCCUCUGGAUGGUGCGCAUUGCGGAAGGAGAACAUCCAAAAGAUAUUAAAGAAUCUGAUUUCUUUACGGACCGUGGUGAAUUUAGGGUAGACGCCGAGGGGGCUCCUGCCCUACUUAACUGUCUUAUGUACAAGUUGAGCUACUAUCGCUUUGGAGACUUGAAACUGGACUACAGGGGUCCUUCUGGAUAUGAUCGGACUCGUAAUGCUGUAAUAGGCAAUAAAGAUUUUGAUUUAACUUACUUGGAAGAAGCGUAUACCACAGAGCACUGGCUGGUUCGAAUCUACAGAGUUAAAAAGCCUUAUGAGUUCAAUCGUCCGUCUUUAAAGAUAAAAGAUAGGCUUAUUCCACCAACGAACUUUAUAUCCAGAAAGAACUUGAAAAGGCGCAAGGGAUUAAUCAGAAAUCGACCAACUGUUGUCAAAGGAAAGAGAUCUUUAAAAUAAAUUAUAUUUUUAUUUAUUUACUUGAAUAAAAUCGAAAAUUAAAUAUGUUAGCACAACAUUGUUCGAAAAACUUUUAUGA